UUACUAAUUCACUUGCACUACAGCGUUUGGGCUUUAAUCGAGAGUUAGAAACUUCUCGAGCGCCAUGGAGAUUUAACCAGCGAGACACAGGUGCUCGCAUGGAGCCCGCUGGUGAAAUGGAGGCGCUUUCGGCUGCGAGCUCCAGCGUUGAGCUCCGCCUCGGCGAGAUCCUGGAGCUGCAGGGCGAGCCCGUCACGGAGGAGCAGGCCUGGGCGCUGUGCUACCAGCUGGCCGCGCUGCUCUCCGAAGGGCCCGGUGGCGUGCAUGUGCAGGCGGGAAGGCGCAGGGUUCUCCGGCUCCGUGGCGCCCAGGCCGUCGUCCUCUCGCACGAUGGCAGCAUCAGCCUCAGAUUGGAAGACGACACGAUAGAUGAUUGUUUUACCUGUGACACAGAAGACAAGGUUGUAGAUUUUAUUGGACGACUGAUCUACUCCUGUCUGGACUGGGGUCUGAGAAACGACGUGGAGCGGGAACUGAACGAGAGCCUUGAAGGUCUGGUCUGUCAGAUGACCAAGGUCACCCUUAGCCAGAAUAUGGAGUCCUUUCAGCCUGUGAGCACCCUUGCUGAAGUCAUCCAGAUCUGCAGGGAUCGACUGUAUGACCCGGACCAGGCACCGCGCCACUACAAAGACGUAUGCUGCACCCUCUUCUCAGAAACUGUAGAGCUUUGUCAGUACCGUCACACCAUCCAGCAUACAAAAGAGCAGACUCUGCAUAAGUUUGUUAUGGACCCGGAAACAAGAAGUGUUCAAAUAACAACUGAUUGGAUGUUUGUGUGGAAACGCCUUGUGGAAGAGCUAAGCCGAGGUAUGAAACUUCGGCCCAGUGUGGAUCGGCUGAACCUGAGCGCUCCCCUACCUGUUGCGCACUCCCCUUCCAAGCAGCUGUUGGCGGACAUCCAGCUCCAGAGGUUCAAGCUUCGCAAAGUUGAGACUGUCAGCAAUAGACAUAACUGGACAGACCCUCACAAUUCUCUCCUGGAAUUUGUCCGUUCAAGGCCCAAACUAAGACCUGCCUCACAUCGAAAACUGAAAACUCUUCCCAAAGAAGAAGCUAGCAUACAUGAACUCCUGAUGGAGGAAAUCCGUACAGUAGAUCAACAGAAGCUGUUUUCUUCACAUAAAAGGAGGUUGGCAUGUAAAGUCAGUGUAGACAAUAUAGACUCCUCUUCUGAAGAUACCUCUUUCCUGCUGAACCCAAGUGUAGUACCUGAACUUCAGGAAGUGGACUGUGAGGAAGAUCUACAUGAUGAAAAACUACAUCCAACCAGCAACAUUACAGUGGACCAGGAACUGAAGUUCUACCCUGUGUUGGCAUCCUCUCCAAUGGACCCCAGCUAUCGUUGCUCAAGAUCAAAGCAAAGGUCCCGUUCGCUCACUAACAAUGGCCGACUUAAAUCGGAGAAGAGCAAUGGAUAUGUAUGUGUUCCACUCACUAUUGCUGAACUCAUCAAGGAGCGCCAAGAGGAGAUGAAAGCCUUGAAAAUCAUAUCUUGUGAUGGAUUUAUAAACUGGAGGGUAUGCUCUUGUUGUUCAAAGAGGAGUAUGUAUUUCACCUGGCAUAACUCAUGCUUCCUUUGCAACAAGGUGCUAUGUCCAGAAUGCUGCAUUGAGAUGAGAUUACCUUUCAAGGGGUGUAUGAACUUGCCUGUGAGUUUCUUCAAGAAGAUUGUGCUGAGUAGGGAUAAUGACCAAGGGAGGAGCCAGUUCUGGAAAGAGCGCUGGUCGUGGGACUACUCCAGGGUUCCCCUGGUUCUGGAAUGUCAAGUCAUGUCCUCUCUCCCACUGCACUGCCGAGCCAUGAGGGACUGGUACACUCAGGACAUUUGCGUGGGCUGCAAGGGAUACUUGCUUGAUGCUUGUGACUCUGUAAUCAGACUAUGUUCCAACUCUAGCCCUCAAGAAAUCUGACAACACCCUCCUCCCUCCAAUGUUGACUGCCUACAUUUUCCCCAUAAAACUCAGGCUUGUCUAACCCCCCUGCCCCAUCACCACUGCACACUCCUGUGAUCCUUUUGUAAACCAGUUUCAACACAAGUGGAGUUUUUCCACUUUGCGGUAUACUGUAACAUCCAAGCUC